CAAUAUCAGCAGUAAAAACUGUAUCAUUCUUGACAAUAACACGAUAAAUCAAAGGUUCUUUAUUGGUAGCAAAAAGCAGCACUUUCCCACAAUUAGACCAGCAAGCCGUCUGCACCCUUCCACUGACCACAGUCCAUCUCUCACAUUCCCAGCUCCUAUAGUCCCAAACUCUGAAGCUCAAUCCAUUUGAGCAUGUUAGGAAUUUAUCUCCUGAUGGCGACCAUUUAACUAAGACCUGGCCAUGUCCUCCUGGUCUUUUCAAGGCACUUGUCUGGUCUAACUCUGGAUCCCAGACUAAUAUUGUAUUAUCACAUGCAGCCACGCUUACCAGCAAUUCGCCUUUCGGGGACCAGGCUAUUGACAUUACAGGUUUGUGUUCAAUUCUUUGUAGAAUAAGUGCAUUGUUGAUGGUUGGUUUUGGAUUUAGGGUGUUAGGGUCAAGAUUCCAGAGAAUUAUGCCGUUUCCAUGAGCUACGGCAAGUUCUGUAUUGGACAUCGGCCUCCAAGCAACACAAGUUAUGUUUUUCUGUUCUUUACAUCUUAAUAUUGGAUGAUAAUUAUUGUUUUCAGCGCUAAAAACCCUUACGCUAUCAUCACAUGUGACUACAGCCAAUUUAUUACAAUACGGGUGCCAGGAAAUAAAUCUUAUUGUGCUAUUUUGCCAAUCUUUAGUCUGACUAAGUUUAGUUAUGAGAGUUGGUGGCAGGUAACGGACGUUUGGGUUGAAAAUUAGGCGGAUUUUUUGUAUUAAGUUUAAAAUAUUCAGAACAACACUUGCACCAUGAGAAACAAGGAAAGUAUUAUACGAUUUAACCAACUGUAAUGCCUCAGCUGUCCCUCGAUUGAAAUAAACUUGAGAGAGUUGUUGUAGAAAUGGACCCCGGAGAGGUAAAAAUGCGUCUUUUCCUUCUUGUAAUUGGUCUCGAGUUAUGUGGAUUUUUGGAAGGUGUUCCACCUAGAAUUUGAAUGCUGUCUCGAUUUAUUUGGAAAUAAACGGCGUAUAAUUACUUACAGAGUUGGUAAAAGUGCCAACAUUUGCAUGUUGAGCAUUCAUGUAAUGCACUUGUCCAUUGAUGUCACAUACAGCUAUUUCGCAGUUAUUUGGCAGGUCAGAAUCGAGUAAACUGGCCAUAAUAUUUAUCAAAUUAGUUCACAAGCCUCAUACAAGAGAUAAAACAAGUAGAAAAAUAGAAAUAAGUGAAAUAUUUGUAUGAAAGAGUCAGUUUGAAAAAGUGAGGUUAAGUUAAUGUUUUUAAACAUCUUUUGAAUUGAUAGAAACAGUCGGAGCACCAGCUUAUUGUUCUCUUUUUUUAUUUAGGAAUACUAGAAAGAGAUGUACGUGCUAUUUACAUAACGACAAUUUCAUAACAUAACCUAAAAUGAAAACAAAACAAAAAGGAAAGCAGGAAAAAAAUAUACAGUUAAUUUAACUUUUUAAUAUUUAUUUAAAAUAGAAAAUGUAGAUUACGUGUUAAAUAUGGUCAGCAUAAACAAAUCCUUUUUGUACGGUAUAUUUUUCGCUUCCAUAACGUGGAUAGUUUCUCUGUAUUUAUAUGCACAAUUAACGAAGACUUUGCAACCAAAUUCCAACAGCUUUGCUCCUACUUUUGAGCCAAAACUAAAUAAAUUUUUGGAAAAACAAUCAUUUGGGCUUGAAAAAGGUCAAAUACAUCCCGACAAAGGCUACUUGAAGAAAGCAAAUGGAUUUAAUAGUAAUAGUUUAGUGGAUAAACUCCAGCCUAUUGUGAAGAAUGCUCCCAAUUCUAGCAAUAAAUUUGAGCAAGAUCUCUUUGAUUUGGGUCUUGUACAGAAUGACAAAGAACUGAAAAUCAAAGAUGAAGGAUACAAAAUUCAUGCCUACAAUGUCCUUAUAAGCAAUAAACUCAGCUACCAUAGAGAAAUACCUGAUACUAGAAAUCCACUAUGCAAAGAUGUUAUUUAUCCACCAAACCUUCCUGACGCCAGUAUAAUCAUUUGCUUCUACAAUGAACACUAUCAAACCCUCUUGAGAACCAUUCAUUCCAUCCUGGACCGGAGCCCUGAAAAUCUUUUAAAGGAAAUCGUUUUAAUGGAUGAUUUCAGUGAUAUCAAAAAUUUACAUGAAAAUUUACAGCAAUAUUUGAAAAAUCAAAAUCUAACAAACAAAGUCAGAUUGUUCAAAACGAAGCAAAGGGAGGGACUUAUAAGAGCUAGAAUAUUAGGGGCACAAAAGGCAAAAGGAGAUGUUCUUGUAUUUUUGGACAGCCACAUAGAAGUAAACCAAGGCUGGAUCGAACCCUUACUAUCUAGAAUCAGCAGUAGAAAAACAAAUGUAGUGAUGCCUAUAAUAGAUAUUAUCAAUCCAGACACUUUUGGUUAUAGCUCAAGCCCUUUGGUUAGGGGAGGAUUCAAUUGGGGCCUGCAUUUUAAAUGGGAGAAUUUACCUAAGGGCACGCUAGACAAGCCAGAGGAUUUCAUCAAGCCGAUUAAAUCGCCAACAAUGGCUGGAGGCCUGUUUGCUAUCGACAGAAAAUAUUUCAUUGAUAUUGGGGAGUAUGAUGCUGGAAUGAAUAUUUGGGGUGGAGAGAAUUUGGAGAUUUCUUUUAGGAUCUGGAUGUGUGGUGGUAGCCUAGAACUUAUCCCUUGCAGCAGAGUAGGACACAUUUUCAGACAUAGAAGGCCUUAUGGUUCACCUGACGGGCAAGAUACAAUGUUAUACAAUUCUUUAAGGGUGGCCAACGUUUGGAUGGACGAUUAUAAGGAUUAUUAUUUGAAUCAAAACAAACAGGCUAAAAAUAUGGACUUUGGUGACGUUUCUGCCAGAAUCCAAUUAAGAAAGGAGCUGAAAUGUUUCGAUUUUGAUUGGUAUUUGAAAAAUGUUUAUCCAGAAUUAACUUUACCCAAUGAUAAUGAAGAUAGACUCAAGAAAAAGUGGUCCGCUUUGGAACAAGACAAAUUUCAACCUUGGCAUUCUAGGAAAAGGAAUUAUGUUGAUCAAUUUUCAAUAAAGCUUGCUAACACUAGUUUAUGUCUUCAAAGUGCCAAGGACACCAAAACCAAGGGUAGCUACUUAGUGCUGAGGCCAUGUUUGAAAUCGAAAAAGCAAAUUUGGUAUCAGACAGAUAGAAAUGAGCUUGUUUUGGCUCAACUUUUAUGCCUACAAGCUGGCAAACCCAAGCCGAUUUUGUACAAGUGUCACGAGCUGGGCGCCGAUCAAGAAUGGAAACAUAAAAGUGGGAAAAACACUCCGAUCUACAAUUUGGGAGCAGGAACUUGUUUAGGGGUAGCAAGGAAAAAAGUAAACGCCACAGUAGAAAUGAGAUUAUGUACUGAACCUGAAUUGAAUACUUGGGACUUGGUUGUGGAUUAAAUUUUUUGAAUUAUUUUUGUUAGAUCUGAACCUCUUGAGACUGAACAUGGCACUUGACAUUUCACAUUUUUUUUAUUGUAGAACAACUAAAAAAAAAACGGUGUUUGUCAUAUUUUAGGCAGCUUGUGCAAUAAUAUUUUUCUUUGUUUCUUGUUACAAUUUACAAAUAAUGAAUGUUAAAACAAUUAAUAUUGUGUUGUUUUAUUUUUUUAAAAAAAAUAAACUAGACAUUAACACUAUAACACGAUUUCUUUCAGUUAAUUAAUUACAGCUUUGUAAGGUCUGCCAUUAGCAGUUUAUACUCGGUUUGGUACUGAAUUUUAUUUCCCGAU